UUCGCAACAACUGAAAAUGAGUGUACAUUCUCAGAAGGACUGUAUCACCUUUAAGGAUCGGUUUGUUCGGAAUUGAAUAACUGUUACCAAAAGUAGACAAUCUUCUUAAUUUAGUGCGCGAGCGUUUUAAUUUUGAUAAAACUUAACUGGUGUUUUAACGUUUUUGAGUUAUACUUCAUCGUUUUUAACGCAAUGAAAUAAGUGGCAAACCUCGCAUUGACUUUUUGACUAUCUCUGGUCUUACGCACGCAGGUGAACUGUUUUCAUUUUAAUAGUUUUUUCAUUUUCCAACUGCGCGUGUUGUUUUCGUAGCCAAUCACAUCUGUCUAGAAAAUAUGACCUGAAUUAGCAUAAACACAGCGGUGCGACCCACUACAGUCACACUAAGUAAACUCCGAUUAUUACAGCGCAUGAAAAGAUACGAUAAAUCUGCAAGUGAGUCGUGGUAAUUUGCGGUAAUCGUGGUCGAUAAGAGUGAAAAACGGCCAGCCAUUAAACCCGAGAUGAAGAAAAAUAUUGGCAACGCGAGAGUUUCGCCUGCGUUUGUUAAAUGGAGCGAUGAAAUUGAAAAUAACCCAAACGCCCCAAGCAGCAAUGGCAAAGACAGUUCCAGUCCAGAACAUGGCGAAAGCUCUACAACGAGUUCUGUAAAAACCCUAAGGACACAGACUACCGAUCGAAGCAUUUCGGAAUCGAAGAUUAGUACGUCGAAUGUGAAGGUUGCUUUCGCUAAGGAUAAUUCACACAACAAUACACAGACUAGUAAAAUGAGACUUAUAUUCACAUCAAUGGGCAAGUUGGUGUGUUUGCCCUCUUGUUUCAAGGUAGAGUUUGCUUCUCGUCAGCUGGAAGAGAUCUACCAACGUUAUUACUGUCGGCAAAAACUCGACAGAAUUCUGUACAUAAUAUUACUGGAUUUUGUGGUCAAUUUAUGUCUGAUCGCAAUGUACUCCACAGUUUUUAACAAAUCCAGCCCAACGCAAGUCAGUCGACUUAUUGUCACUUGUACGUUUUGUGCAAUCAACCUUUCGUUCAUCGUACUGUAUUUUUUGAAGCUAUUUCCUCCUCGAAUUUUCAAAUGGCUACCUUAUAUAGUGUGGUUUACUGUAUUUUUCCAGUUACAAGUGGACUUAGCAAUUGGAUACGACCCUCUGGUGCCGAGCGAUUCUGUGGGGAUGUUCGCUUUUUUUAUGUUUAUAUCAAAUGUAAUGUUACCCGCAAGUUUGCCCUUAUGUACAGCGCUGGCAAUGCUUGCGGGAAUGGGACACAUUGUUGUCACCAGCAUAUUCGCCAAACAAAAUCGAGAGUUUUUUGGGAGGCAGAUGGGUGCAAACAUUUUGCUGUUUGUUUGUAGUAACAUUCUUGGUGCUAUAGACUUUUACAUCGCCGACAGGAGGCAGAGAAGAUCGGUUCUGGAAACGAGGCAAUCAUUAGAAGUUAAAAUAACUUUAGAGUCGGAGAAUCGUCAGCAGAGACGAUUGCUUCACUCCGUUCUUCCCAAACACGUGGCUACAGAAAUGGCAGAUGACAUCGAAGCUGAUGGCAAAAUUUUGAAAGAUGGUUCCUUUAAUAAACUCUACAUCAAACGACACGAGGAGUGCAGCAUUUUGUUUGCCGAUAUUGUUGGAUUUACGGAACUCUCAUCUAAAUGUACCGCAGAGGAACUAAUCAUUACUCUCAAUGAGUUAUUUGCCAACUUCGACAAGAUUGGAACGAAAAAUUGCUGUCAGAGAAUCAAAAUUCUAGGAGACUGUUACUAUUGCAUCGCGGGCCUGGACGACAACAAGGCACAUGCGCAAUGCGCUGUUGAGAUGGGCCGGGAUAUGAUCUCUCACAUUGCCAAGGUACGUAGGCAAACUGGAGUCAAAACACUAGACAUGCGCGUUGGAAUCCACACUGGGUCCGUGCUCGCGGGGGUCCUGGGAAAGAUCAAGUGGCAAUUUGAUGCGUGGUCAAAUGACGUCACGCUGGCCAAUAGUAUGGAGUCUGGAGGAAUACCAGGACGUGUUCACAUAUCGGAGUCUACGUACAACUGUGUCAAACUGGAUUAUGAAGUAGAACCUGGUGAAGGACACACUAGAAAUGAUUUCAUUAAAGAACAAGGCAUCAAAACGUAUCUGGUAGUGAAAAAGAAAAACGAUGGCAGUAACAAAAAUCCGAAGCUAUCUUCUAUGAACGAGGAGAGUGAUGACGCCACGUGGUUGAUGGAGCCUUCUUCGAAAGAAGCGAGACGAACUUCAUCGCCAAUCAUGGAACUUAUUAACUCCACUACACACUGGGAAGUGGGUGAUAAGGACAGUAUUAUCAACAAGGAAGAGAUGGAGUUUAGAAGAGUUUCAUUGUUUGAUGAGGGCGAGUCGGAGAAGUCUGAUUCCUGUACAACAACAAGCGAACGAAGUCUCAAUAAACUGUUGUCAGACGUUCUCGAUGAGCGAGCAGGCGGGGUAAAGGAGAAAAUGAAUCCCUUUACUCUUCGAUUCCUCGAACCUGACAGCGAGUUCCAGUACGCCCUGGAGAAGCAGGAAAUGAGCGGCGAGUCCCUUAUUUGUCUUUGUAUUAUCAUCGUCUUCUGUUUCUUCGUGGAACUCACAAUUUUUCCAAGGUCUUUGAGAAACGAUUUGACGUUUUCUGUGGGAGUGGUGUUGCUACUUAUCCCUACCAUCAUUACAAUUGCUUCCAGCUGUCCAAAGUAUUUCCCCAAAUUUUUAGUGGAGUUUUCAAAUGUUCUGGAUGGGAGUAAACCAGCUCGAACCCUUCUGGCCGCCCUUAGUGUGACCUUAUUGGCUGGCUCGGAGUUGAUUGACAUGCUUGGUUGUGAAACACGUACACUAGACGAAGAAGCUGUGGCACUGAGAUACAACAGAUCAGAGCCUCUGAAUCCCUCCAGUCCAGCCUGUGAAUAUCCGCAGUAUUUCUCGUAUAAUGGCAUCCUGAUUCUGGUGGGGAUCUCGGUUCUAGUCCAACUCAGCCACUCCCUGAAGGUUUUACUGACUCUGGGGGUGGUGAUUGCUUAUUGCAUCAUGAACCUCUCUGCCAAGCAUCAAAUCUACGACAAUUACGAUACUUAUGUGCACUUCAACAACCAGCGCACAUCAUUCGUACCAAAGAAAUACUUUUCAUCAGUCAUCAUAUUGCUGAGUUUUCUUAUCCUUGUUCUUCAUGGACGACAGGUUGAACGCACUGCUCGACUGCUGUUUUUGUGGAAAAUGGAGGCAUUUGAAAAGAAGACCGAAGUGGAAAACAUUCGUGGAAGAAAUAGAAAGCUGGUGGACAACAUUUUACCAGAACACGUGGCUGACUACUUCCUUCAGCAUCAGAGUAAAGAUGAAACGGAGCUGUACAGCCACUCCUAUAAGUAUGUGACAGUCAUCUUUGCAUCGAUCCCAAACUUUGACGAGUUUUACUCCGAGGAUCAAAUCAAUGAUGGUGGAAAGGAGUGCAUUCGGUUCUUGAACGAGAUAAUCAACGAUUUUGACGAGGUUUUGUCAGAGCCGAGAUUUCGAAGUAUCGAGAAAAUAAAGACCAUCAAGAGCACUUACAUGGCUGCUGCUGGACUCAGGCCAGAAUACGAGUCCCAGGACUUCGAACACUGGCAGCAACUGGUGGAAGUGGUGGAUUUUGCACUAGCUUUACGAGACAAACUGGAAUCUAUCAACCAAGAGUGCUUCAAUCAAUUUGUUCUUAGAGUCGGAAUCUGUCAAGGACCUGUUGUGGCCGGAGUAAUUGGCGCCAAAAAGCCUCACUAUGACAUCUGGGGUAACACGGUGAAUGUCGCGAGUAGAAUGGAAAGUACCGGAAAAGCCGGUUAUAUGCAGGUGACAGAACAGACAUAUGAGAUUUUGAAAGACAAAGGCUUCAGUUUUAUUUACCGCGGUCCAGUGAAAGUCAAAGGGAAAGGACAACUUGUGACCUACUACCUCACUGGAAGGGAACCCAAGAAACAACAACUCAACUUGCCAAAUAUGGUGGCAUUUUGACGUGACUUGUCACGUCACAUCAAGGAAGUGUCAUGUCACGCCAUCUAUACGUUACCUAUCAUCUAGAGUUUUGAAACCACACGUAAAACCUAAAUCGGAGCUGUGUGAAACAGAAGUAGCCAGUUGUUAAUGCGAAUAGAAUAUUUUGUAUCAGAUGGGUUUAUACGCCGAAUGAAUUGCAGAGAGAUUGUAAUAAUUAGACUUUGUGACUGCAUAAUGAAACGUACGCCUGAUAAAUUGGCGAUGCAUCAUAUGUGGGACCUGGUAACAAAUAACAAUUCCCAUCCCCAGAGCCUCCUUAACGAGAUCUUAAAAAGAGUCGUACUGGGGACAAGAAUGCUAAAUAACACAGAAUAUGCACGAUUAGGCGCAGUUUUUGCGCUGUUUGUAUUAACCUGAGUCAGUUUUAAGUGAUUUGAAUAUCACUUUUACGACAUUUUAAGAUUAAAAUCCUCGUGUAAAUAUUAGAAAUUAAACGAAUGUAAAUAUAUUUGCAUGAAGGGAAAUCUACCGAGCCUGUUCUUUAAUCUGUUGUUAGGAAGAAAUGGCUUCUCGAUUUCUGUGCCAGUAAGCAAGUAAGGUGAGAUUACAUGAGAUCCUACGUAGAGUGAUAGAGCCACCCGAAGCCUUCCUAAGACCAGCGCUAUGAGCUUUAUUCACGAAUGCUCCUGUAUGAUCAACUCAUUUCAUUUUUCAUGAAAAAAAAAAAAAA